AUGAGGGAAAUAGGAGUAGAAGUAGACAUUUUAGAAACUAAAAAGAUAGGAGAAGAUAGAGAGAAAGGGAGAGAGAUGGUAUGGGUCAAAUUAAGAGAUGAAGAACAGAGAGGUAAGAUUCUAGAGAUGAAGAGUAAACUGAAAGGGAAAAAAGAGAGAAUAGGUGAGGAUUUAACAUGGAGGGAGAGGAAAAUGAAGUGGAAAUUAGAGGAAAUAGCGAGAGAAGAGGAGAAGGAGGGGAAGAGUGUAUGGAUAAGAUAUGGGAGAGUCAGAAUAGAUAAUAUAUGGUGGAGAUGGGACGAGGAUGAAGAGGUGUUAAGGGAUGGUAACGGGAAUGUGAAGGAGUUAAAAAAAAGGACUAUAGGGGGGGAAGAAGGAACGACAACAUAG